AUGGUAUUCUUGAGUCGAGCCCAGAUGGGAUCCAUUCCCGACAAUAUCCCAAUCAGUGAGCUCAUGCUCAACGAGAGAUAUGGACGACUCCCGCAUGAUCAAUCCCGGGAUCCUUAUACCUGCGGUUUGACCGGGAAGACAUACUCGUCGCGGGAGAUGGUCGACCGAGUCAAUUUGAUCACUCGUGGCCUGAGCAAGAAGCUUUGCUGGGUCCCAAACUCUGGGUCGGAAUGGGAUAAGACGGCGGUUGUUUUCAGCAUAAAUACUAUUGACACCAUGCUAUUAUUCUGGGCUAUCCACCAGCUCGAGGGAGUUGUGGCGCUGGCUAAUCCAUCGUAUUCAGCGGAUGAGUUGAAGCACCAGCUGCUGGACUGCAAGGCGAAAGCCUUGUUCACUUGUGCGCCCUUGUUGCCGAUCGCACUGGAGGCUGCGGCCAAGGCUGGCUUCUCGAAGAAUCAAAUCUACUUGAUCGAUGUGCCGCAACAGAUCCUCGCGGACAUAAAGGCACCGUCAGAGCUUGAGUCUAUCUCCCAGAUUGCCGAGGCUGGAAAGUCACUGCCACCAGUCCAGCCUGUCCAAUGGGCCCCGGGGAGGCAGCUCGCCGGACCGCAUUUUUGUGCUAUUCGAAAAGGAGUGAUGAUCUCCCACCGCAACGUCAUAGCCAAUAUUCUGCAAACCACGGCUUUCGAGCAGGAUUAUCGUGACGCCCAAUCACAAGCAGCAAAUGGUUCGUCCACUGAAGUUGGGCAGUGUCUUCUUCCACAGAGCCAUAUUUACAGCCUCGUGGUUGUCUGUCACUGCGGGACUUAUCGUGGUGACCAGACUGUGGUCCUUCCCAAGUUCGACAUGACAUCCUACCUAGCCUCCAUCCAGCGUUUCAAGAUCACUUCCCUUUUCCUCGUUCCUCCGGUCAUUAUCAACAUGAUGCGAAAUCAAGACCUUUGCUCUAAGUACGAUCUGCGUUCUGUCAAAAGUAUUUUCUCCGGCGCAGCUCCCUUGGCUCCGGAUUUAGCGAAUGACUUCUUGAAGAUCUAUCCAGAUAUCUCCAUCCGAUUGGCCUAUGGGUUGACGGAAACUGCCUGCGUGGUCUCCUCGAGCCAUCCUCACGAUAUCUGGCUUGGCUCUUCUGGGUCCCUGUUCCCCGAGGUCGAGGUGCGCAUCAUGUCCCCAGAUGGCCUGGAAAUUACUUCCUAUAAUACACCCGGCGAGCUUCUGGUGCGUAGCCCAAGCGUAGCCUUGGGUUAUCUGAACAACGAAAAGGCGACCAAGGAAACAUUCGAGGAUGGGUGGAUGCGCACGGGAGAUGAAGCAGUCGUUCGCGUCAGUCCCAGUGGUUGCGAGCACAUUUUCAUUGUCGAUCGGAUUAAGGAACUGAUCAAGGUCAAAGGUUUGCAGGUGGCUCCUGCGGAGCUCGAAGCCUGUCUCCUUGCUCAUCCAGACGUGGCAGAUUGCGCGGUCGUUGGGGUUCCCGAUGAAACCGCGGGCGAAGUGCCCAAGGCAGUCAUUGUGAAGUCUCCCUCGGCCAGUUUAGACGACGAAGCGGCCACUCGAGUCAUUAUACAAUUUGUUGAGGCCAAUAAGGCUCGUCACAAGUGGCUCAAGGGAGGCGUUAGACCUGGCACUCACCCGCCCCGCGGGUCCAAAGUCAAGAACCUCCACCCGCACCUCCAAGGGUCAGGGUCCAACCUCACCGACCCUGACCCUGAUCCUAACCCUCUAAGGGUCCCUUAA